AUGGCAACUUGGGCAUACCCACCUUUACCUCUGCAGUCGUUGGAAAGGGAAGCGGAUGAUGCUUUGGCACGGGAACUAGAAUGGCUCCUCAGAUCCUUACAAGAUUCCUUGGCGGCUCUCAGAGAAGGUCUUCGUGAGUGUGCUGCAUUGCUGGCGCCGAAGGAGCCCGGCUCGACCCUAGUACUAUCCUCUCUACGAUCUGAAAGUGUGAAAGGCUUCGUGACUCGAGUCGGGACAAAGAUUGUAAAGGGGGAUAUCCAACUUCGCCUUGGUUCCCUUGCUUCGGCCCGUGGCACGCCUACAACCCGCCUAUGUCUCUCGAAUGCUCCUGGAGCUCCAGAGCUUGUGCUUAAGCAACUGUCGUCCGUGCGAGAUCUCAUCAAUCAGAGCCUCGAUGUUGUAGAUGUAAGUACCUGGACAGGUGAUCCGCUCGAUGCCAGCUUCAUCUUCGGGCAAUUACACCUUCUCCAUGAGACCAUUACGGAGGCUCGCCAAAUGUUGAAAGGAGAAAAUGAUGAUGUACGAGGCAAAUGGUGGGAAACCAGCGCGGAUGAGAAUACAUUUGAACCCCCUUUGCCACCGUAUCUGUCAUUCCAGCUCUUGAUUGCGGACUCAGCACUCGUUCUCUAUCUAAGAAUUUUAGAGUCUACCGCACCUUCUCAUGCCCCAACAGCUUUUGCUGCUGAUAUCUCUCUUACUGGGUUCAAUAUCCGCGACCGAUUAUUCGGAUCCCGGAGCCGUCCCCAUGAUGAGAUGGGGGACGUUUUCCAGUGGAAAGGAGAAGAAGUUAAAGUAAAGGAGAAGGUCCGCGUUGAGAGCCAAGAUCCCAGUUUGAUGGCGGUUAUGGCCAAGCUCUCAGCUCUCGAGCAUGAGGUAAUGAAAUGGCUAUCUGCCCUGAGGGUACUCAUGGGAACCGACGACACAGAUAGCGAGCCAUGA